AAACACUUUGAAACCCAUUCGUCACUCUUCGUUUUCGCGCUCGAUUCACUGAGUUUCUUCCCUCCAGCUUGCCGGAGUCACAGAACAAUGAACUCCUUCCCGUCUAGGGUUUUGGAAUCUCUCGAUUCCUCGAAGGUAUCCGACAAUUCAAAUGAUCAAUCUCACGAGUUUCUCAGUUUCGUUUCCCGAGUAGACAAGGUCAAUAAAGAUGUUGAUGGAGUUGGUGGUAACUUUAAUUUGGAUAUGGAUCUGAGCACAUUGGAAAAAAUUGUGAAUGAGAAUACUCCAUCAAGUUGUUCUACUGAGUUCUCCUCGACAUUUAAUCAAGGGCGGAGCUUAGUUAUGAUAGAGGGAGGCCCCAGCCACCCCAAAAAAAUUUUCUUCGAUAAAAAUAGUUUCAAGGAGCCUUUUAAAGAACUUGUAUAUCCAAGAGGGGACCCAGAUGCUGUUACUCUCACUAUGAGAGAUAUUGGUCUAUUACAACCAGCUACCUAUAUAAAUGACACCAUUAUUGAUUUUUAUAUUCAAUAUCUGAAGAAUAAGAUUGAAAAGAAGAAAAAGUCUAGGUUCCAUUUUUUCAAUAGUUUUUUCUUUCAAAAGCUGGCUAAUAUGGACAAAAAUCCAUCCAAUGCUUGUGAUGGAAAAGCAGCAUUUCUACGUGUUCGGAAAUGGACAAGAAAAGUAAAUUUGUUUGAAAAGGAUUAUAUUUUCAUACCUGUGAACUUCAAUCUUCACUGGAGCUUAAUAGUAAUUUGUCAUCCUGGUGAAGUGGUUAAUAUUGAUGACACAAAGCCGGGCGAGUCACAUAGGGUACCCUGCAUAUUGCAUUUGGAUUCUGUCAGGGGAUACCAUAGUGGUCUGAAAGAGAUUGUGCAAAGUUAUUUGUGGGAAGAAUGGAAAGAGAGAAAAGGGGAUACGUGUCGAGAAAACCUUUUAGCAAGAUUUUUGAACAUGCAGUUUCUCCCUGUUGGGGUACCACAACAGGAAAACUCAUAUGACUGUGGGCUCUUUUUGCUACAUUAUCUAGAGCGCUUCUUGGCUGAAGCUCCAGUUAAUUUCAAUCCAUCUAAGCUGACCAAGCUCUCUAACUUUCUCAAUUUGGAUUGGUUUAUACCUGCGGAGGCUUCUCUCAAGCGAACAAUUAUACAUAAAUUAAUCUUUGAACUAGUGGAAAACUAUGGUUCACAUGAAGACUUUUCAUCUGAUGGUGAUGACACCCACUGCUCAAAAUAUAGUGAUAAGAUGAUUGCUGGUCAGUGUCAUGCAAUCAAUGGAGAGACAUCAACUUCCCAUUCUGGCCGGGGAAUAGAAAUGGGUAUAUCGUUCGCUUCAUAUAUGCGUUCUCCAUCUUUUGACCAAUUAUCAUCUAAUCAGGAUUUCAAUGGUUCAAUAUAUGAAACGGAGGAAGUUAGACCACUGCUUGAAGAUAAAUGUGGAGAGAUAAAUUUGAUGUCCAUAGAAAACCUUGAACAGUUGCCCGAUAUGAAUGGUGAUGCUACUGUCAAUUUGUCAGUUGAUUCCCUCAUUAAUUUUUCUGAAGACUGGAACAUGAUUAGUGCUGGCAACAAGAAUGGGUAUGCACAUAUGUCCUGUCAAGAGACACCAACGUUACAACGGCAUCAAGUUUCUGAUGCAGUCGAUACAGAUUUUUGUGAGGAGCAAGCUGCAAAGAAGAGACGCCUUAUACCUCUAGAUACAUCGUGUUGUGCACCAGAUAAAAAAGAAUCACUUGAAGAUAAAAGUAGAGUAAGAAAUUGGCUCUCCAUAGAAAAGAUUAAGCAAUUUUUAGCUGUGAAUGAUUAUCCUCCUGCGGUCAAUUUUGCAACUACUACGUGUGCUGGUAAGAAGAAUGAGCGUCGACAUUUGUCCACCAAGAAAAGGCGUCUAUGCAAUACGAGAGCUUGAAGUGGUCAAAUUUUUUAAA